AUGAGGCCUAAACGUCUGGCAACAUGGAAGAACAGCACACAGUUCCCCGCGUCGGAAGCCAUGCGCAGCGUAGCGUUAUCUAGUGGAGGCGAUAUGGCACAUGGGCAGAGCAGAGGAGCGGGGUCAACAUCCCAUGUCCAAGCGGAUGGUAGAGGGAAGAGUCCAUAUGAACCACCGCCAUCGGCCGAGAAGCCAAAUCGGGUCGAUGAGCGGAGCGAUAAACGAAUCAGGUCAAGCUAUGCACCGCAGGAUGCACCACGGCCUUCUAGUACAUCCUCAUCUGAGGCGGCAAGCAAGACCGCGAAAGGUCCAGAAACCAAGCCUGAUGUGAUAAUACAUGUGUAUGAUGAGAGCAAGAAAGCAAAACGGGACUACUUCUGCGACCGUAUCCUAUUGUUGCGCCAGAUGCCAUACUUCUCCCCAUACCUUCUCAACCACGCUGCCGAAGCCACUAUUGAAAUCGAUGUACAUUGCGACAUCCAAGUGUUCGAAUGGCUGAUGCUGUACAUUUCAAGGAAGCGGCCUUUGUUCGAGCCCAGAUUGGCAUUGAGCAUCCUUGUCAGCUCGAACUUCUUGCAGAUGGCAGCGCUUGAAGAUCAAUGCUUGUCUUAUAUCCAUCAGACGAUUGAUGAUGUUCUCAAAGUCUCUACCGAUAUGACCUGCUUGAAUCAACCUCUCGUUGACAAACUGGCAAAGCUGUUCACCGUCAAUGAACUGGAGAACGUGCACGACAUCCAGGACAAGAUUCUGGGACAAAUCUAUUUCUGCAAGCUGCGCGAUCUUCUGGCGAAGGCGGCCAGCGAAGACAACUUCGUGUGUGCCUGUCGUUUGUGCGGGAGGUUAUACACCGAGAAGCGACAGUUAGAGCUUCUCUGCCACGAGGCGCCUUUGCGAGUGGGAUAUGAUGGGGACGUGACGAGAUGUCACCAGCGUGACGUCUCCUUCAACAUCAAUGACUUUAUGACGACUUUAUAUGCGGCAAAUGUCCCAUGGAAAGAGUCGUAUUGGAUGUUCUGGGGCCUCCUCCACCAUCUUCAUUGCUCAAAGUGUGAUCAAACCUUUGCAUGCGGAGAUUACAAGGGAUGCUGGCAACAUGCCAGCGAAGCCACAUACCCACCCAAGGAUGGAGCGAAUGGAUACCACGCAUGCUGCGGUGCGAGCGCCCAGAAAUUCGAUCCAUUCAAAACAGCCAACGGGUGCAAGCAAGUCGCACAUGUACCCAAUGUCACCUCUGGCGAAGUGUACAGCACGUUCAAAGAUCAUAUGGACCACAUCAUUCGCUCCUCGCUACGUGCGGUGUUCUUGGAAAUCACGUACUCGGUAGAAACCAAGCCCAAGCCGGUCGACCGGUUGUUGCCGAACAGUCUGCAAGGCGAUGGUGCGCACGCGUUCUGCAGGGAUUCGCGGGUCUUUCCUAAUGCCUGGGGUCCUUCGGGCCGGGAAGAGAGGAGGGGCUCGUACUUCGUUGAAGAUCUGGACCGCUUCUCAUCAUUGACGACAAUAUCUCGAGCCGCAAGAGCCUGA